AAACUUCAUUAUUUUUCGAGUUUUCGUUGCGUGCGGUUGAUUUUUCGCGUUUUCUUCUGGCAGUGUGGACGGGGCGACGACGACGCAUCAGCAGUUUGGAAAAUUAAAGAUUUUUCCCCUUUCACCACUCCAAGAUGGAUUCUCUGCUGCAGAACUACAACAGCGACGACGAGGAUUCCGCUCCGGAACGGGAUUCCACACCGGUGAAGAAAGUUCGCCCCAGCACCUCCACCACCAACAAGUCGUCAGCUCGACGGGAAGAGCCCUCUGCUGCCAGUGGCAGUGGUAGCAAGAAGCGCAAAUCGUCCCACCACGAUGAGUACGACGAAAAGGCCAAGAAGCGAACUACUGCCCCGGCCGGUGGAGACGACAAGAAGCGGCAGUCCGCCAAGGACGAGGACACCAAGAGGCGACCCAAAAAGAAAACACACAAAAACAAAGACGACCGUGUUUCCCACGAAGGAAACGGUGGCAAACGUUCGCGCUCUUCCUCCAGCUCGUCAUCUUCGUCUUCUUCGUCCUCUUCCUCGUCAUCCUCGUCCGGGUCUUCGGGCUCCUCCUCGGGCAGUUCCGAUUCCGGAGAUUCGAGCAGCAGCAGCUCCAGCUCCAGCAGCCGCGGCCACAACCGUCGCUCGAAGCAGCAGCAUCGCUCCUCGAAAAAGAAUUCAAAGUCGAAGGUCAAGGUGACCACCACUCCGGAAAAGGCGAGCAAGUCGUCGAGCUCGAAGCAGAAAGUGGCCCCGAAGGUGAUAUCCUUGUCGCCAUCGCCGGAUCGUCGGUCGGAGUCCAAGCAUGAGAGUUCUUCGAAGGACAAGAAGAAAAGUCCGGAGAAGCGUCGCGAUCGGAGCAGUUCGCGCGAUCGUUACGAAAGCAAGCGCAAGGACAAAGAGCAUCGCAGUCGGAGCGAUCGCGAGUACCGGGAGAAGGAUCGUUCUUCGAAGCACGACCGCGAUGAUCGUCGCAGCGAUCGGGACAAGCGUGACAAGUACUCGAGUAGCUCGAGCAGCCGGUACAAGGACGAUCGCCGGACGGACAAGUACGAGCGAAGCCGCGACCACAAGCGUGACUACGACAGCAAGGAUCGUCGCUACCGGCGGUCCUCGUCGCGUGACCGCAAGCGCAAAUCCAGUCCGGAACGUAGCAGCCGGAGGAGGUCGCGCUCGAGGAGCAAGUCUCCAGCGGCGAUGCCACCGGCCAAGCCGCACUACAUGCCGAAUCCCCCGGGAGUCGGGCUUCUGCCAACGCCGUUGAUGCCGAUUCCAACGGGCCCACUUCCCCUCAUCAACCCAACCGCGCACAUUCAACCGCUGAUGAGCCUAAACCUAGGUCCCGUCGAGUUGCCAACGAGACCCGGCACGACCAUCGGAGGUGGCCUUCCGAUCGACGCGACCACCGCCGCUCUCUCGCGCAGUUCCCUCAUCCGAAGCAACGUUAAAGCGGCCCAACUCGAAAAGAUGGGCAUCGACGUGCUGCAGCAAAGCAAGAAGGCAACCGAAUCGGUCCCCCUUCCCUCGUACUACAACCCGGGCGUGGUCAACCCCGUGCGCUACGCCGACCAGGUCCAGAAGCGGAAGCUCCUCUGGAGCCACAAAACCCCCGAAAGCAAGGACGUCUCCUCCAACAUCAGCAAGUGGGAACAGGCCAAAUUCUCCCAGGACAAGGACGGCAAGGUGGCCUCCAAGUUCCUGCGCCUCAUGGGCGUCAAGGACGGCCAAAAGGGACCGGGGGAGGCCACAAAAUCCGACACCGCGACAAGCAGCGCUGGCGGCGCCGCUGCCUCCGCCUCCAGCUCCUCCGCCUCCGGUGGGGACAGUAUUAAAAAGCAGGAGGAACUCUUCUCCACGAUGGAGCAGCAGUACGAGGUGGCCCGGCAGGUGACGCACACGAUGCGGGGCGUUGGGCUGGGUUUCAGUUCGCAGCCGCGGACGUUCUAGAGACGCGGGAGCGCAAGGAAAUAAUAUGCAGGUAGAAAUUGUUUGAGUAGCGAGCGAGCGGGAUUCACAACUGAUUUCGGUUUUGGCGCAAGAUUGAUAGUUUGUAUCGUUAGUUUCGUGUGAAAUACGUGCGCGCUGAUGCACUCCUGCGUGGAAUCUUACACGUUGCAGGUGUAACGAGGGGGCGCAGGAAAAGGUCGAAAAUAAUAAUAAUAUUAUAUGGUAUGAAUAAGCA